ACGCAUCUGAAAAUCCAAAAAUUCCCCAAACUUCACACCGUACAAAAACCCUAACCCAAUUUCACCAUUCCCCAAAUUCAAUUCCCUCAAAUCCCUUCCCUAAUAAUCGCCAUUUUGCUUAGUGCAAUCUCUCUGCGAUCCCAAUAGCCAUGGACGACAUGGAAGACGACGCAAGGUACCCUCCCAAGUCCUUCUCUCUCAACCGCCAGAACCCCUCCCACCGCCACAAACACCCCAUACGCGCCGCCCCCUACCACCGCCCAAUGCCCACGCGCUACCAGGAACCCGACGACGAUGAUGAUGACGACAACGAACCCGACGAUUUCGACGACGGCGAAGCCGAAAACGGUUACGACGACGAUAACAACGUCGCGUAUCCUCGGAUCCCGAAGAAGCGCAAGGUAGUCGCGGCCGCCGCAGCAGCAGCAGCAGGAGGCUCCUACGAGUUCGCGCCACGCGUCAAAUUCUCGUACGGCUCCCGCGGUUCGGGUUCGGGUUCGGGUUCGGGUUCGGGCGAGGAGUGGAACGAGUCCGAGACUUUCGUGCUGUUAGAGGUUUGGGGCGACAAGUUCCUCCAGCUCGGGAGGAACAGUUUGAGAUCCGAGGAAUGGCACGAGGUUGCAGAAAAAGUUUCCGAGGAAUUGAAAACAGAGAGAACGGUGACGCAGUGUAGAAGCGUGUUUGACAAGCUAAAAAGAAGGUACAAGAAGGAGAAAGCUAGAAUGGACGAAAUGGGCCUUGGUUCCUGCAAAUGGACCUUCUUCAAGAAGAUGGACAUGUUGAUGGCUUCCUCCGCAAGACAAGAGUAUGGGCUUGCUUGUGGCGUGGAUUCUGGGGAGUAUGUGUUUAUGAACACUAGGGUUUACUUGAACAGUUCCAAUGGGUUUGAUGAGAUGAGGGACAGUCCAGGGGAGUCUGAGAGUGAUGAUGAUGACGAUGAAGAGGAGGAUGUUGGUGGUGGGGGUGGGGAUGAGGAUGAGGAUGAGGACGACGAGAUGUCGUGCCGCGUGUUGGCGGAUUCGAUUCAGAAGUUUGGGAAGAUAUAUGAAAAGAUUGAGAAUAGUAAGAGGCAGCAGAUGAUGGAGCUGGAGAAGAUGAGGCUGGAUUUUAACAGGGAGCUGGAGCUGCAGAAGAAGCAAAUUCUCGAGAGGGCGCAGGCCGAGAUUGCCAAAAUUCAGGAUGUGGAUGAGGAGGAUACUGACACUUCCGGUGGCGAGAAUCUCAGUGAAUGAUCUAGGGCAUCUGAUUCUCUUGUAAUAUUUUGAAAAUGAGGAGAUAUGAUCUUGGAUAGGGUGGUGAUAUCUGGAUAGAGUGCACCAUUUUUGGAGGAAAGAGCUGCACCCUGUAAGAUUUUCAAAUUUCAACCCUUGUGUACCCUGAUAAUGGGGAAGCUCAUUCGAAAGAGUAAUAUUAUUGUAUGGGUAACUUGCAAUAAAUUUGGUGCACUUUUAAAUGAUUUGCAGCACAUUUAUGUAACUCAUUUCAUCCAAAUAUGUGCCUUUGGAUGGAAAUUAUUAAUCAAAUGUUAAUAGUAUGCUAAACUUAAACGCACACA